UCUGAGGUCCAAGUCUCGUGCACGUCUCACCGACGCGGCACAAACGACAGUGGGGCUGGGCAGUCUCGUGCUCGCGGCAACCGUGUACCUUCACCGGGAGCGCCGCAGACAGAGGGGCUCCGGCGGACAGGCGACCGCGGGUCGCGAGACCGACCACCCGUGAGUGGAACUGGAGAGACGCGGGCCGUGUUCCGCCGCGACUUCUCGACACCCGGUUCGUCGGCCCGGCCCACAACAUCGUGCGGGGAGCGAGCGCAAAGAACCGGCCGACCGUGGAACGGACGCUCAGACAGACGUGCCGCCGGCUUGACCGACGGCGCCAUUUGCGUUCAAAGACUCGAUGAUUCACUGAAUUCUGCAAUUCACACUAGGUAUCGCAGUUCGCGGCGUUCUUCAUCGAUGCACGAGCCGAGGGGUCCACCGUUGAAAGUUGUGCUUUCGAAUUUACGUCCGCGCAGGGCGGACAAGAGACACAGUUAA